CCCCCCCCCCCCAUUUCGUUACGUUUAGGGUUUUUCUUAAUUCGUCUUCUGCGAAUCCCGUCGUACAAGGCAACAACUGGGUGCCUCAGUAUUUGACCAAAUUCAAUCUGGGGCCGGGCCAUUGAGUGUUCUCGCCGUCAUUUGGGGAUCUAGGGCAGGCAGAAAUCUGGCAAUUUUAAGUUCCCUGAAGUGUACGUCAGUUUGAGGGACUCUGGAGAUGUUCAUUUCUCGAGUUUGUACGCUUGUAAAGAGAAGAUGUAAGCCUUGCGAGAUCUGUAAUUCUUCGGUUCCCUUUGCCUCGAGCAAUCUAUGCCUUGAAAUAGAUUUUCGUAUUCUUAUUCCUUCACUGUUUCUUCAUUGAUUCAGUAUCUCUUAACUUUGUGUGUGUGUGGGCGCGCGUGUGUGAGAGUGAGAGAAAGAAAGAGAGCGGCAUUUGUCAUAUUCUGGAGUGCGGGUCUUUUUUGUUAUUCAGAACUGAGGGUUUUAUUUUUAUUGUUCUUUCACCAUAGCAGGACUCAUUGAAUGUACCGAUCUCUCUACAUUUUGUUCCAGGUUCUGCCAACACAGUGGUGACUACUUGAAUGCACAAAUGUGGGUGCUAUAUUUUCCUUCUGAAGGGAUUGAUAAUUGAUAAAAAGCUUAUGCGCUAGAUAGCAGAUUCAUUCAUAGAGAAGCACCAAACGGGACCUAAUUUAUGUGAUUUUGGUUUGAGGAAUAAAGAAUGGGAAGGUUAAGUUUUCCAAAGCGCUAUGUGAUUGUCAUUCUGACUUUCAUCUGCACUUGUGUGUGCUACAUAGAACGUGUGGGCUUCUCAAUUGCGUACACUUUUGCUGCUGAUGCUGCAGGGGUAAACCAAUCAAGUAAAGGCAUGAUACUUUCGACAUUCUAUUGUGGUUAUGCCUGUUCACAAGUGCCUGGUGGGUGGGCAGCACAGAAGAUAGGGGGAAGACGUGUUCUGCUUCUUUCAUUUGUAUUAUGGUCUCUCACCUGUACUUUAGUUCCUCUAGAUCCAACUCGGCCCAUGGUUUUGGUGAUAGCUCGUUUACUUGUGGGGGUGGCUCAAGGGUUCAUCUUCCCAUCCAUUCACACAGUCCUAGCUCAAUGGGUUCCACCCCAUGAGAGAUCAAGGUCUGUUUCUCUCACAAUGUCUGGAAUGUAUUUUGGGGCAGCUGCGGGGAUGCUUGUUCUUCCCAGCUUGGUGAAGUUCAAGGGUCCCCAGUCUGUAUUUCCCGCUGAAGCAGCUUUGGGAGCCAUGUGGUCUGUACUUUGGUUCAGAUGUGCAAGUGAUCCACCUCGUUCUGAGCACCCAAAAGCAACUGCUGCUGGUUUUGGGGAAUCAUUGUUGCCAACUAAAGGGAUUCAGAAAGUUAAAGUGGAGAAUGGAGGUCAUUCUCUGAAAAGCGCUCAAAUCCCAUGGAAGAGGAUUAUCCUCAGCCUAUCAGUUUGGGCAAUUGUUGUGAAUAAUUUUACUUUUCACUACGCCUUAUAUGUGUUGAUGAACUGGUUGCCUACAUAUUUUGAACUGGGGCUCCAGCUCAGUCUUCAGGAAAUGGGUUCUUCUAAGAUGAUGCCGUAUCUGAACAUGUUUAUAUUCUCAAAUAUUGGUGGGGUGAUUGCUGAUCAUUUGAUCACAAGGAGAAUCUUGUCUGUGAAUAAGACCAGAAAGAUCUUGAAUACUGUUGGAUUUAUGGUGUCUGCUUUUGCAUUGAUGGCAAUUCCGCUCUUCAGAACAUCUGGUGGGGCUGUGUUUUGCUCUUCCGUGGCUCUUGGUUUUCUAGCCUUGGGUAGAGCUGGGUUUGCAGUAAAUCACAUGGAUAUUGCCCCAAGAUAUGCUGGCAUUGUGAUGGGAGUUUCAAAUACAGCCGGUACAUUAGCUGGCAUUAUUGGGGUUGAUUUUACUGGCCGGCUGCUUGAAGCUGCUAAAACUGCUGAUUUGGAUCUUUCAAAUCCAGAGAGCUGGAGAUCAGUAUUCUGCAUCCCAGGGUUGCUUUGCAUCUUUAGUUCUAUUGUAUUUUUACUAUUCUCAACUGGAGAGAGAAUUUUUGACUGAGAUAAGCUUGUUUUACUGUGGCCAGUCCCCACAAAGAAGUAAUUGCCAUUGCUGGUUGACGAUUUAAGAUGCAGAUAAGAGUUUUAGUGUAGCCCUUUUACGAUUCAGUAUCUCAAUGCAUAACGCAGGGAUGCAUUAUUCAGCUGAACUGCCUUAGCCUGGAAAGACCCAUUGAUUCCCUUAGUAUAGUUGAGCUGCCAUUUGGCUAUUUGGAAAUUAUUCUGAGAUUGUCACGUGCCUCAGUUGAAGCUUGUUCAUCCGAUUUUUGGAUUUGUAUACCCAUUUUUUCCAGCAUACUUGUCUAGCUGUGUAUCACAUUCAAAUGAAUGGGGUGGCCUUGAAUAAUUAAAUCAUUUCAGAUGUCUUAACUUACGUUUUUCCCGUUUAUCAAAGGCAAUGAUUUCUUUCCCUCUAAACAUCAGGA